GAGUCUGAAAUGGAUCACAAAGGAAUUAUGUUAUUGUUUUUCCCAGUCCUAUGUGGUGUAACGGCGUACAUCCCUCAUCGCUAUUACUUUGUGAACGAAAGUAAAACCUGGAGCGAAGCUCAGACUUACUGCAGAGAAAAUUACACUGAUCUGGCAACCAUCAGCAACAUGGACGAGAUGAAGAAGCUGAAUAUCACACUGAAGAAUGAAAAUGCAAAGCUAGCUUGGAUUGGUCUAAAGAGCGAGAGCGUUGGGGAAUGGAAGUGGUCUCUGGCAAACCAAACUUUUAAUAGACACACUUACAGUAACUGGAGUAGUGGAGAACCAAACAAUCUGGGAGGAAAUGAACACUGUGCUAAUAUUGCAAAAACUGGCUUUUGGUAUGACUGCAGAUGUGAAAGAAAAUUACCUUUUGUUUGUUAUGAAGGCAAAAACAGCAGUGAUAAUUAUACAUUAAUUCAUGAGGAAAAGACCUGGUAUGAAGCUCAGUCCUUCUGCAAAGAGAAAAACACCGACCUGGUCAGCGUGAGGAACCAAACUGAGAACGAGGUGAUCAGAAAUCUUAUUCAAACUGCAGGGAAAGAUUAUGGUGUUUGGAUUGGUCUCUAUAAUGACUCCUGGAAGUGGUCAGAUCAGAGUAAUUCCUCAUUCAGAUACUGGAGCUCUGACAAACCCAAAGAUGAUUUGAAAUGUGCAGCAGUGAGUGGGUCUGAGCAACACUACUGGAAUAAUGUGAGCUGCACAAAACAACUUCCAUUCAUCUGCCAUGAGAAUAAACUGAUCCUGAUAGAGAUGAAUCUGACCUGGAAAGAUGCUCUGACAUACUGCAGGAACCAUCAUCAUGACCUGGUCUCAGUGGACUCUGAAGAGAUGCAGCUCUGGGUGAAGAAAGUUGCUCAGAGCGCCUCCACCGAAAACGUGUGGCUCGGCCUGCGUCACAGUUGCACCGUGGACUUUUGGUACUGGGUAAAUUUUCAAUUUAUUUACUACCAGGACUGGGCUCCGGGAAACGGGACGGGGUCCGAAGACUGCGACAACGAGGAGAGUAGUGGCGCAGUGCAGUCUGGAGGAACGCAGCAGUGGGUCAGUCUGCCUCAGAGCAACACACUCAACUUCAUCUGCUCCAACUAUGACUGCUAGUCAGGGUGGUGGGGUUUCGUUUGCGCGAUCAGAAAAAUUUCCGUUCUCGAUAUUUUCAAACUGUAUCCUCCAUGAGUAAUAUACCAAUAUCUCAUUUGCUCCAUUCAAUCCGCUUUCCCAGAUGCUUUUCAUUUAUAUAUUAAAUCUUUUGGUAACACAAGUCUAUAUAGAACUUAAACACAUAAAAUGUAUUAUUGAAAAGAAUUAUAAAAACCUAUGGUGGUGGUGGUCUCCUUUUAACCUGUCAUGUCAGAUGAUUAGAGAAACAUUUAGA